AGACAAGGCUUUACAGCGAUUUUGGGAUUUAGAAUCCAUUGGCAUUAUUGAUAAUGAGGAACAGGUUUUUGACCAAUUCAGGGAUCAUGUCGUAUUUAUUGGGGAUCGGUAUGAAGUAUCACUUCCGUGGAAGGAUCCACUGAGAAACAUUCCUUCUAACUACAAUCUUAGUUUAAAGAGAUUAACAUCUCUGUUGAGGAGACUACAACAAGAUCCAAUUACAUUUGAAGCAUAUCAUAAGGUCAUUCAGGAACAAGUUGACAAUGGCAUGGUAGAGAAGGUAGACAACCCAGAGGUCAUCCAAGGGGACAGGGUGCACUAUCUCCCGCAUCAUGCGGUGAUUAGGAAAGAUAAAGAGACCACCAAACUAAGGGUAGUCUAUGAUGCAUCUGCAAAACAACAUGGUCCUUCAUUAAAUGAUUGUCUGCUGCCAGGACCCAAAUUGCAGCAGGAAAUUUUCAAUGUUCUAAUCACUUUUAGAGCACACAAGGUAGCAUUUGCAGCUGACAUUGAAAAGGCUUUUCUGAAUAUUGCAGUAGCACCGCAGGAUAGGGAUGUUCUAAGAUUUUUAUGGAUCUCCAGCUUAGACAACCCAUCAGAUAUAGCAGUUUUUCGUUUUACCAGAGUUAUGUUUGGUGUCAACUGUAGUCCUUUUCUUCUAAAUGCCACAGUGCGUACUCAUUUGGAACAGUUUGUGGACGAGUACACCGAGAUAGUACCAAAGCUAAUGGAUGCGAUAUAUGUGGACGACAUAGUCAGUGGUGCUCACACUGAAGAAGCAACAGAGGAAAUUUUUUACACCGCAAAACAACUAUUGAGCAAGGCAGGUUUCAAUCUUAGAAAAUUUAUCUCUAAUAGUGAAGUACUACAGCAGAAAGUUGAGUUACAGGAAGAAAGAGCAAAGAAUGACAAAGGGGAAUCAUAUGCUAAAUUAGCUAUAGGUAAAACAGUGGAGCCUGUGAAAGGAGAAACGAAAGUGUUAGGAGUUUUGUGGGAUGUAAAGAAGGAUCUAUUUGUGUUCAGGAUUAAGACCUUAGCAAAGGAAGCUAGGGAAAUACAUCCAACAAAACGUCAGGUAAUUAGUGUCACAAGUAAAUUUUUUGACCCGCUUGGACUGUUUAGCCCCCUCAUCAUCAAAUUUAAGGUAUUUUUUCAGAAGCUGUGUGUUAGCAAGGUUGAUUGGGAUGACGUAUUGAAAGGUGAACAGUUAAAAACAUGGCAUUUGUUAGUUGAAGGAUUAUCACAAGUUGAUACAAUAACAGUACCUAGGUGUUAUACAACUGGAGUAGAAGAUUCUAAGCCACCUGCACGUCUUUAUGGAUUUUGCGACGCCUCAAUUACUGCUUAUGCAGCAGUGGUUUAUCUUGUAGUUCAGUCUGAAGUAGCGCCUCAUUCGACACUGGUUGCAUCCAAGACAAGAGUUGCACCACUUCAUAAGCAAACCAUUCCACGAUUAGAACUAUUAUCGGCAGUUCUUCUAUCACGAUUGGUUACAACAGUACAAGAAGUAAUGAUGAAGACAUUUGAUAUGGAGCAAACUAUCUGCUACACUGACUCAGAGAUAACAAUGCACUGGAUCAAGGGACAUGACAAAGCUUGGAAACCUUUCGUACGGAAUCGUGUUCAAGAGAUCAGACAAAGAAUUCCUUCAGAAUUUUGGUAUCACUGCAUUAGUCAAGAUAACCCAGCAGACAUCCCCUCAAGAGGCUUGGCAGCUCAGGAGCUACAACAAUGCCAGAUGUGGUGGCAUGGCCCCGCAUGGAAAGGAAAAGGAGAUUAUGAGAACGGGGAGAUGGAGAUACCUAAAGAGUGUAAAAGUGAGUUACGCUCAAGGGAAAGAAGCACAGUUUUAUUGACAAAGCAUAUUGGAUCUCAGGACUCUCAAAAUGGAUCUAAGGACUCUCAAGAUGGAUCUCAGGAUGCUCAAGAUGGAUCUCAGGACUCUCAAGAUGGAUCUAAGGACUCUCAAGCUAGAUCUCAGGACUCUCAAGAUGGAUCUAAGGACUCUCAAGUCAGACAUCGAUCUAAGAACUCUCAAGUCAGACAUCGAUCUAAGGACUCUCAAGUUGGAUCUCAGGAUUCUCAAGAUGAAUCUAAGGACUCUCAAGUCAGAUGUCGAUAUAAGGACUCUCAUGAGGGAUCUCAGGACCCUCAAAUCAGAUGCUCUCAAGGCAAACCCCUCACAUCACGAUCUAGACGUGUAGCAGCACAACAAGCAAGGAAUAAGAUGUUAGCUCGAUCGUUGAUAUAA